GCCAUCUCUGACAAAAACCGCGGGAGAGUCAAGGCACUGCGAAAUGGCAGAUUUUUUUGAAGACAUUGACCUUGCAGAGCUGAGAAAGAGGAAUUUGGCUGAUAAUGAAAAAAUAUUGCAGCAGAUUAAAGCUGAUCUUCAGAAGAUUAUUCCACUGAAACCUAAAGCGAAGAGGCUACAGACAAAGAAAAACACGAAGCGUCUUUCCCUCCCUGUGGAAGAAAGAAGAAACCCUUCGCGUGUGGCACGAUUCUCCCCUCCAAGAACUCGGUCUCGGCGCCUGUCCCUCGCCUCUGACAUUUCCUCUACCUCGUCGGACUCCACCUCCUCUGAUAGAAUGGUGGUCAAGUUUGGAUUUAGCUGUCGUCCUGCUGAUACUGAAGAGGAUGAGGACAUGGAUUACAAGGUUGUUCGCCCGAUACGUCGUUACACUGAGGAGGACAAAAAGGCUGCAGAGGAAAUCACCGAGGACGACCUUGUCCGUGUGGCUGUCAGUGUGGCGGACAAGAGAUAUGACAGCAUAUAUGGAACAACCUGCCAUCAGUGCAGACAGAAAACUGAUGAUAUGAAGACCAUCUGUCGAUCGGAAAAAUGCUUUGGUGUCAGAGGACAGUUCUGUGGUCCGUGCUUGAGGAACAGAUAUGGGGAAGACGUGCGUGAGGUGCUCAAAGAUCCUGAAUGGCAGUGUCCGCCGUGCAGAGACAUCUGUAACUGCAGUUUUUGUCGCAAGCGGAGGGGCAAGUCAUGCACGGGAAUUCUCGUGCACAUUGCACGUGAACAGGGCUUUUCAAAUGUCAAUGAAUAUCUACAGAGCUUGAAACAGAAGACAUCUUGAGCUGUACAGCGAGUGACCUGUGGACAGCUAUCAGAGUGACCGUUAAAGAGGAAUGAAGCAAUGAAUUUCAACAACAUGAUCUGCAAGAAAAAUUGCUUUUUUGUUAAAUCUAAUCAUAUAUUUUACACUGACAAUUGUAUUCAUAUAGUUUACGUUUUAAAAUGUAUAUAUGUAUAAAUAUAUAUCACUUCCAUUUUCCUUCAAGUUAUACAGUAUGUUAAUAGACCAGUGCCAAAAUAAUGUCUGAAUACAUAAAGCAUGCAGAGUUUACUUGAAAAUGUAUUAUAACGUUUUUAAGUUUUAGUUGUAAAUAAAAAAAAUCUUGGUUU